AUGCUCAUGCCAUCCGCCCUCUCUUGCGACACGUCGCAGCCGCCCCUCACCCGCCUUCAAGCCGCAAUGUUCGCCUCGCCUCCCGCCAGCCCUCCGUCGCUCUCUCACCAGGGCCCCUUUGGCAACAUCUUCGACACCUGCCGCUCCCUCCAGGCCCUCCUCUCCACUCCUCAGCACCACCAGAACCACACCGUGACGCAGCAGCCAUCGCCGCCAUCGCACCACCAGCUCCCGACUCCUCCCCUCGCCCAUGCGCCGCCGCCUCUGAAGCUUCGCCUGCGCUCUCGCGCGAAGCCCGCGGCCGAUGGCAUCAACAGCGAGCACCUCCCGCGCAAGCGCAUCGCCAAGCGCGCGCCACCCCGCGGGGUGAACAAGCGCCGCCGCUCGUCCGAUGACGACCUGGGCCGCGAGGACGCCUUCAUGACCGACUCCGACGUCGACAGCGAUCUCGAGAUCUCGUCGCAACAAGAACAGCUCCCGUCCGCGCCGUCAACGCCCAAGCGCGCGCGCAUUGCGCCAGAGGUCGUGCCCCUCGGCCUCGAGCGCUCCGACUUUCACACACUACACCUCCUCAACGGCGAAGAGCCCACAUCAGAAGGAUCAAACGUCGAGGUCGAGGCCGACGGCGAGCCGUGGAGCGCAGAGGACGACAGGAUACUCGUGGAGCUCGUGCUCGAGAAGCUCAAGCUCAGCAAGUCAGAGUGGCAGGACUGCGCGCGCAGUCUAGGAAAGGACCGCAACUGUCUAUCGCGGAGGUGGAAGAGCCUGAUGGUCCAGGGCGAGGUCGGCCUAAAGGGCCGCAGGAGUAGCCGACGAACCAAGCUCCACGGCACCUGGCGAUGA